AUGUCGAGUGUUCUACUAUUGGGAGAUAUCCUUGUUGACAGGAACUACAUUGGAAAGUCGACCAAUCUCACACCAGAAGCACCUGUACCGACUGUAAAGGUGGAAACAAUAACGUCAACCCUAGGCGGCGGUAUAGGAAAUGUUGCCAGAUCGCUGACGGACUUCUUCCAGAAAGUUCAUUUCAUUUCAAGUUUUCAUGAGGCUGACGCGAAGAUGGUCCAGGAACUAUUCGGAGAAAAGGUUUGCUACACCAACUUCGAGCAAGAAGACCGCAGGAUGGUCGUUAUCAACAGAGUUAUGGUUGGAAACCAGUUGAUGUCAAGGUUCGAUUAUCCGUGCGACAGAAAGGAGUUGAGUGAGGAAUAUGAGAAUGAGAUUGUUAACCACAUCAGAGUCAAUCUACUGGAUGAGUUGCAAGUUUCAGUUGAAAGUCUGAUAGCAUAUGUUCCGUUUGAUUUGACCAAACUAAUGCCUUUCAUUGCUUUAUUAGACAAAGAGGGCAUGGUCCUGUACUACAAAAACGAAGCCGAGGAAAUAUCUCAGAUCAGGAGGGGGUGUGCUGAGAACCUGAAAAUAGUGGAUGUUAACGGGUGCGGUGAUGCUUUAAUCACGGCAACUGCAGUCUUCCUCCAGCAACAUGGGUCACUCAAAAACCACAAACAGGACCUGGUAAACAUAUUGACACAAAUUGGUAAAAUAGCAGUGGGAACCUCCGGUUGCUACAUCCUAAACUCUGUAGACUUUGAGAGGCUCCUCAAACCUCGGAGGGUUAUAUUUACAAACGGAUGUUUUGACAUGAUCCAUGUUGGUCACCUGAAGUUAUUGAACUAUUGUCGGGGAUUAGGGGAUCACCUUGUAAUCGGAAUAAACUCGGACAACAGUAUCAAAUUAAACAAAGGUGGAAGCAGACCGAUAAACAAUCUCGACUCUAGAAUUAAUUUCUUGAAAGAGCUGAACAUAGCAGACGAGAUUAUACCAUUUGAGAUAAAACUCCAAUUGAAUUAA